GUUUUUUAAAGCAAAAUGAGAAGACAAUCGUACAGCUCGAAUGUGAACGCCGCAAGCUGUGGCGAGCCUCAGAUCAUCGUAGAGGAAAGCACAUUGGGAGAAGAGGAAGCGGAAUGGCGAAGGAACGAGUCGCCUCCGCGUUGCAUGGAUCCCGAUUCGCCAUCCUUAAAUCCUUAUCUAUUGUCUCCCUGGAGAGAAGCAAGAAAGCACUCUCUACCGACUCCGCAAUGUACUUCCGGGAUAACCGCAUCACAGGUGAGACGACUGAGCGAGCGUGGCGGAGAAGGAUCAGGACCAUCACCGAGGGAAGCUGCUUUCCUGUCCACCCUCUCUCAAGCACCAGCUCCUCAGCCAGGUGGCCGAAGACAUUCGGUUGUUACGAUUGCUAAAGUGCCACCGACUCUGUUUGGCCGUAAUCGUCGCGAAUCAAUCGCCGCUUUUCCUCUUGGAGGCGCGACCAGAAUAUUGCCGAGUCGUCGAGACUCGGAGUCUAGAAUAUCCGGACCACCGAGCAACAGUGGAAGCACGCACAAUCUUCAGUUGGACAUUAUGGACGAUAUCGCAGAGAUGAAAGCGAGGAAGGUGCGCUUAAAGAUGUACAAGACGUCGACGGAGCAAGUGUGCGAGAUACAGCCGCUGGAAGGUAACAGCUCCGCUCAACGUUACACUCAAUAUCCGAAACGACGAUUCUCUGAAAUGCCUGCUCCGUCGGUUUCGCCGACGUCUUCUCUCCGAAGGCGCGUCUCGGAACUGCCAAGAGCCGUGAGUGCAUCGGUUUCCGGUGCUGCGGGCAUCGUCUGCUCCAAUACGGAUCUGAUAUCGAUCCUAAGCUCGUUAGCGUCUUCCGCGACGGAAAUCAACCGAUGCGGCGAGGAAGCGUCGAGUUCGCGGGACGAUAGCAAAUCAAGCUGGUCCGGAAAAACGGCCGAACAGAAACGAAGUCGAUUGAAGAGCUUCCGUUCCAACAGCUUCGACGUGUCGAUAUUGCACGGAGCCAAGGGUAAGCUUAGCGGAUCCUCGAAAGCUGCCGCUUCGACCAUUAUGGCACCGUCGAAUUGGUUCACGAAGAGACACCAACCGAUGUCGAAGAAACAGAAGCCGGAAGAUUUAAUAACGGCCAGCUUAAGCCUUAAAUUCGAUAAGUCGAAGGUAGUGAAGGCGGUGAAGGAAACGUUGGGCAAAACGUCCCCUAACAGCGACGUCAGACACAAAGUCGUAUGGGACGACACUAGUGGAACGAAAGUGGACGCUCAGGUACUGGGUAGCGCAAUUGAGAAGAUUUUAACGGCACAAAGGGGAAACGAUACGGAGGCAUCCGGAUCGAGCGGAAAGCCCUCGGUAUCUCCGAACAAACCAAGGUCAGGCAAAGUGGCAAGUUGGUUUUCAAGUACCAAGGACCAAGAGCAAACGGAAUCCUGCGAACCGUCUAUCUGUUCUUCCCUGAAGGACCUAUUCGUCAAGUAGUAUGGAAGCACAAAUGCGAGUCUCUCUCGUUUAAUUAACGCUUCUUCAUUUAAGGAUUUAUUCAGAGAUUAACGCGACCUAAUAGAUGACUGACAAUCUCGUUUAACUCAAAUUAACGAGCUAUACUUUCCUUGUACUUUCUCAUUGCUAUACUCCUACGAUAUUCUUUUAUCAUUUCUGUCGAUUUUAAUCUCACACAAGUAUCCAUGAAAUAUAUGUAUACAGUAGUUGGCGAAAAUAUUCGAACACUCGUUAUAUGAUAGAUUUUUACGAAUAUAUAUUAUGUACGUUAGUCCUUUUCUCACUUUACUGGAAUGAGACAUGUCUAUCAUGAUUACGCUGGUAAAAAUUGAAACUAAUUUGGAAAUGUACAUAUGGAAGUUAGAAGAUGCUUAUUGCAAACGUACACAUAGCAAAAAAAUAAUAUACAGUGUGAAGAAUAAUUUUAAACGUAUGAUUGAUUAGGGGUAAAAAUGGUCCUACUGAAAAUAUUGUGACUUAUUUAUACAAUACAUAAUUAACUGUCCAAAUACCGACGGUGAUCAAUAAGCAUCUUAUAAUUUCUAUUUACGUUUGUAUUAGGGUGUUCCAAAAGUUUCUUUCGUUUUAUAAGGAAAUAAUAGAUGCACGACACUUUGUUUUAUAUUAUUUUAUCGAAUUAUGUAUGAUCCAUUUUGUAGUAAUAGAACAAAACGAAAGAAACUUUUAGGACAACCUAAUGCAUUUUCAGAUUCAUGAAAAGCUUCAACAAAAUAUUCAUGGAAUGUUUCUGUAAGCGUUCGAGUACUUUCGUGAGCCGCUGUAUGUAUAAUAAUUCGUUACAAUGUUAGUGAUAGCUUGGAAAGCGAACUAUUUUUAUUGUACAUCUUUUUACUUUCCAUAUUACACUCAUAAAUACUCUAAAACGCUGCGAUACUAACUCUUAUCUAUUAUGUUUACGAAUGCGUAUAAUUCGUGAAACCGCUUCUGAUUUUACGGAAAUUUUGCAGUUGCUUGAUGAAUGAAACAGAUUUGUUAAGAGAAUCACAUGUUAUAGAUACCUGAGUUGUGAUUUAUUUAAUAUAUCUUUUCUGAUUUGUUAUCCUGCAACAUUUCCAUGUUUUACGACGUUUUUAAAUUAAAUUUCACGAGUUUAUUUUCCUUAAGCUAAAGACGAUGCUCGUGAAAUAUUUAUUUCUGAAGUAAAAAGUAAAAAUAGCUUACAUAUUGCUUGUAUUUAAUCAUGUAUUACGAUUAAUCCUGUUGCGACCUCGUAUAUUUCAGUUAAGCUGUGGUUUUAAUAAACAAGAAGGAUUUAUAAUAUUUUAAGAGGAUGUUCAGCAUGAAAUAGAGAAAUCAUGCUAAUAAGAAGUUUUUCAUAUUUUUCUUCAGGCUUGAAAUAUUUUUUAAUGUUGUGAAACAAUUAGGUUGAAAAUGAAUAAAAGAGUGCAACAGGGUAUUUAAACAAACUAAUAUCUCUUAUAUGAAUAAGUUGAGUGAAAUAUUAUAAAUUAUUUUCACAAAAAGACACCCAUUUUUAUUAUUACUUUCUAAGCAAAAUUCAAUAUGAUUUGUUAUAUCUGUAAUAGGAAAUUUCUUUAACUAACGUUUAGUUAUCGAUCCUAUUUUUAUUGAAGUUUAACAAUACUGUUCAAUAUUAAUAAUUGUUAAUUUGUAAGUAAAGGGUAAUUCCAACAAAGGAAGGUAUCACCAUCUGUUUGCAAAUGCAAACAGAUAGUUUCAGAUAAAAUCAGCAUUGGUACUGCAAACUUAAGAGAUUGUAAACCUAAUAUGUAUUGUAUCGCAAAGCGAGAUUCAUGGUGAAAAAUUAAAUAUAAAAGUCCAUGAAAUUUCGCAGAUUUAAACAUCUCAAUGGAUACAGCUUUCAGCAAAUAAAUGUGGACAAAAGUUUAGUCAAUCUCUAUAUUUAAAUAACGCAUGAUAUUUAAUUCCACAGUAUAAUUAAACAAAGAUUCGAAGCUGAAAAUUUCGAAAUAUAAUUGAACAAUAUAUCGUACAAUAAAUGUUAUAUGAUGUUCCGUAAAGGAGAAUUGCGUUUUUAUGAAGAGGAUCAAAGAUAAAAAUUUGUUGUUGAACGACACGGUCGUUUCGAAAUUCCAUUUUGAUCUUGUGUAUGUAUAGUGUAUCCCGUACAAAAGAUAUUACAACAAGCGUUCAGUCAUAAUAUGAAACAUUGAUCAAAAUUUCUAUUCUCGAGUGUUUCAAGCCCCAGAACUCAUUUUAAUAAAUAUAAGAAGGACAGAUUACAUUCAA